GGAGAGAGAAGACGCGCGCUCGCGAUCGAGAACGAAAUAGCAGUGCUCCGUACGUGAAAAAGAGUCAUAGAGAGAGUGAGCGAGGCAGUGAGCGGGAGCAGCGAGGCAGUGAGCGGGAGCGGGAGAGAGAGAGAGAGAGAGAGAGAAGAAAAGCGGGAGACAAAGAGCGCCACAGGGAGAGGGACAGAAAUCGAAAAAGUGCGGUAAUGGCGGAUCAUUCAGGAAAAGUGCGGGCAAGUCAUUUGCUGGUCAAGCAUCAGGACAGCCGACGCCCUGCAUCGUGGAAGGAUCCCAAUGGGGAUGUGAUUCGUGCGACGACCAAGGCCGCUGCCAUCCAGAAGCUUCUGGGUUUUCGAGAGCAGAUUACCUCUGGCAAGGUGAGUUUCGCUGAGCUCGCGAAGACGGAGUCGGAUUGCAGCUCUGCGAGAAAGGGAGGUGAUCUUGGGUUGUUUGGCCGCGGGCAGAUGCAAAAGCCGUUCGAGGAAGCAACCUACGCUCUCGGUAUUAACGAGUUGAGUGGGGUCGUCGACACCGAUAGUGGGGUCCACAUCAUCCUGCGGACUGAAUAAAUAUUGUUGCUUUGACUCGUCUCCUCUCCUCAUUACCGCCAAUCUCACCAAAGAUC